AGGAGGACGGACCGUGAAGGAGAAGAGGAGACUCAUUGGAGCGGAAGGGAAGGACUCUGCCAUUCUGUGCUCCCCGAUCUCUCCGAUGCAAGAACUUCUCUGGAAACGUCGCCAAGCAAAGAUAAGACAAGCGUCCGUAGCCCAGACGUGUUUGUGUGCAUCCUCCCAGCAGCCGUCUCUGCCUGGUGUUGGAUCCUGCUGCUAGAAUCGGCCAUGGAGUUGCAGGUAGAGCCCUCACAGCGGCAGGUGAGGAAGCAGAUGAGAAAGCGGCACUCUCGAAUCAGCAAGUAUCGGCUCCUUUGGCGGAUCCGUGAACAGUGGAAGCUCUUGGGCUUCUUCGAGAUCAACCAGGACCACGAAUUCUAUGAGCUGACGUGCAUGUUGAAGAAGGGUCUCCAGGCGUCUGUCCAAGAAGCCAUCGAUACGCCACAGACAACGAAUGUUCUGAGUGAGGCGAAUUAUACUGCAGUGCUUAAACAGACCCACGAGGUAGGAUCCAGUCAUGACUUUGAAAUGCGGACGUAUGCCGGCCCUGUGUUUGCCCACUUCAGGAGUUUGAUUGGCAUCAUUGAUACGGAUUAUCAGAAUUCUCUGUGCUGUGAGCCCUCAUACCUGCAAUUCAUCAGCAACUCCAAGAGCAGCGCCGACUUCUUCCUCACCAAUGACAAACGCUUCUUCCUGAAGACCCAGAGCAAGCGAGAGGCCAGUUUCCUCCGCUCCAAUCUGUCCAAGUACAUCGAAUACCUGACAAACUACCCUCACUCCCUCUUGGUCAAAUUCCUGGGGCUCCACAGCAUCACUGCUCCCCCGGAGAAGAAGAGAUACUUCAUCAUCAUGCAGAGUGUCUUUUACCCUCAUGAGAGGAUCUGCGAUCGGUAUGAUCUUAAAGGGUGCCAACUUGGACGCUGGACGGAUGCUGCCCCUGAAGGCAGCCAAGUCAUCGUUGUUUUCAAAGACCUCAACUUUGAAGGGAAAACCAUCAAUCUCGGAGACCAGCAACGUAACUGGUUUCUGCAGCAGAUGGAGUUGGACACCAAGUUCCUGAAGGCCUUGGACGUGAUGGACUACAGCGUCCUGGUGGGGUUGCAACCUCUCCAUGAGGACGAACAGAUCCUGAACCAGAAGGUAGCCAACAUCAUCGCCACCACAGCAGUAUCACUCAGUCCGGGCCCCUCCCAACCCAAUCUGUAUCCCGAGAUCUCUGAAAUCCAGGACGAUGGCGUGGAGUCGUCCUUCGCCACACGGGCCUCCAGCGCAGAACGUUUGUUUAGCAUCCUUUCGGGGAGCAGCCGAACGACCAUUCAUCACUUACUGACCUUCUAUAUGACUCAGAGAUCCAGCUUCGCGAUCCCCUGCACACGAUUCUCGGUCAACGAAAACACGUUGCGGCAAAUCCUCACCCCUGAAACGGGACCAGGCAGCACCUUUGACUUCGAGGCUCCUGGAACGGACACGAGCAUGCCCGAAAUCAGCCUCCCCAGCAUGAUGGACACCUUCCCCAUGUCCCAGAACAGACGCCUCCUGUCCAGUUCUCGCAACCCCCUGCAUGUGAUCGACGGGCCCGACUACCGCUACUUUGUGGGCAUCAUUGACCUCUUCACGGUGUACGGUUUCCGCAAGAAGGUCGAGCACCUCUGGAAGAGCAUCCGCUUCCGAGGGCAGAGCUUCUCCACGGUGAACCCCGCCUGUUACGCCAGGCGGCUUUACCAGUGGGUCGAAGAGCACACCACAUGAGCAUGGGCCGUUGUGGGUGGUGGCAGCAAUGGGGAAAGUGUGUACAUCCUGGAGGGGAGAGUGAAAACAAGGAUAUGGCCACAGCGAUGCCUAAGGAGCUGAAGCUGUAACGGCAAGCGGGACGGCAGGCAAGCGAAACCCCAACUGUGCCGAGAGCUGGUUUCUGCCGCUGUCUUGCACGGAUUCCCUGCACGCCACUUAGCUGGGGGACACAGAAUCUUUCCACAAUGACCUGGGAGUUCGAUCUGAAUCCUGGAGGUCGCGUUGUGCUCCACAGCUCAGGUGGAGAAGACAGGAAUCAAUCUACAUGAGUGUGCAAGCUCAUAGUCCAUCUUGAUCUUGGAUAUCAUCCAGCGGCAGCCUCGAUGAGAUCAGCAGGAGUCAAGGGUCAGGAAAAAGGAGGCAUCUGAAGGACCCAAAACAUGGUGGCAUAUCAUCCCACUGAUGACCAAGAAGCAUGGGGUGGUGGAAUUGCUUCUGAUUAAAUCUUAUAGCCACUCCA